GUUUUAGCUUUAUUAAGCGUGGGUAAAAAUACAAUCUCACCACCAAAAACGCUACACCAAAAACAAUAUGCCAUCAACUCUAUAAUUGUCAUGCAAUACGAAGAGGUCCUCCCUUGUCUGGGCUGACAUAUUUGGCGACUUAAUGCUUUAACCUUUUCCCUUACCAACACUGUCUCAUUCCAUGUCUUAUUGUGCAGAUGCAAUUCUUUAAAGCUGAGGAUUUUAUUCUGGGCUUCAUUCGUUGUCAAUACCUUCGUAAUGUUCCUGAUGGAACGGAUGAACGGAUUAUUACGAAGGGAGACAUUGUACCUCCUGAUUACUCUCAGUUUGAGAAAUUGCUGAACCACAAGCAACAGUCAUGUCUGAGGCGUUGUCCAAGUCCCGUUAUCGUCAUCGACCAAAGUUCAAGUCAUUUUGAUGAAUACGUUAGGCGCAAUUUUCAUGAAACGUCACCAAGAAAGCAUGAACAAGGUGAUACCUCUGCAAAUCAAACACACAAGAGGUUUCCGUCGGACGAACGUCCCCUCAAGGGGGACGAUAAUGAGUGCGUCUUCUCUUUCAGCAAGGUUCCGAUGCAAUUUCAAGACCCUACAAAACAGACUGAAAUUAAAGAAGAUACGCUUUUAAAACAUCGUGAUGAUACACAUCCUCUUCCUUUCAAAAAGGAAGACCGACUGACUGCCUUAAAGUUUCCUUCGAGUAGCAUUUCUACUGAAAUUGGCACUCUUCGAUCUAUUUCUGAUGCUUCUGACCAUAGUGCAGUUCCUUCGCGUCACCAUAUAGAAGCCGUAUCUGUACCAACAGAAUCCGAGCUUUCUGUCCUAACCAAGCAGGAACGAAAGGAACCAACGACUGAUGCACCUGUCUCUGCGCUCACGACCAUAUUUCAACGUAACUCCUUACGAAAGACAAGCAAUCCUCUCGUUGAUUCCUUUGCCAUGCUUUCCGGAAAAACACUCGAUAAUCCGUUGAAAGUUGACAUUUACUGUCCUUUCAGUGAAGAACCGGAAAAACCUUUAAAAAUAAUGUUGAAGCCGUCUGUUACUGUGGAAGAAGCCAUUGGUUAUAUUCUUUAUGAGUAUAUCGAGAAUGGUCAGAAACCAGAGCUGCCGAAAGAACAACAGAAUCCAAAUUACUGGAACCUUCGAAUUGUUGAAGAUGAUGGCGAAAUUGACGAGGACUUCCCAUCUUUGGACCGACAUCGCCCUUUGGCAAAGUUUUCCUUUGAUGCAUUUGCUCUUGCGCAAGCCUCAGAAAAUCAGAUCAAAGAAAACCAACAGGCGAAUCCUUUCCCACCAACUUCAGAACAGAAGGAACCAUCGGUUGUAGAAAAUAUCCAGCAAACUAGGCCAUCAGACUCCUCUAACGUUUCAUCUGAGAGUCUGUCUGAUAAAGACUACGGAGUCUUUCACGUUGUACACGUUCGGUUGUUUCCCUAUAACGAAACCGCUCGUUCUACGGCAAUUGAAGUCACAAAAGAUACACGGUUAUCCUCAGUACUUAUCCAAGUAUGUCGCAUACAUCAGCUUGAACGAUCUAAGUAUGUUUUGCGUAUUUCAGGAACGGAGCUUUAUGUGCCUACUGAUAAGACCUUUCAGCUGUUGGAUGGGUUUCCAGAUCUGGAUUUGGUAAAACAGAAGUACCGGGACCGUCGUGCACUGGGUCAAGCAAAUCAUGCACCCUCUCCUGGUACUUCGUUAUACGGAUCUACAACUCAUGACUUACUACCUCCGAGUUUCAAUGCCACAGAUAUUGUUUCAAGUAACGCCUAUCAGAAAUUCAUUGUCUGGAGAAAGCAACCAAUGUCAUUUAUGAGUAGGCAUGAACGACUACUUGCUAUUGACGGCGAGUAUGUUCACAUCAUGCCUUCGGAAUCGAAAACAAUUUUUGAAACGUCCAAAACGUCUAGUGUACAUGCCAGUUCAAUCACUAAGUGUAAACAAUCUCGAAAGUCACCAUUCAAUUUCAAGAUGAUUGUUUCGAAAAGUCGAGAAACAAAAAGAUACGAUUUUGAAGCCAUGUCUCAAAUUGAGGCUGCUACUAUUGUGAGUCGAAUUAACGCUCUUGUUGCGGCCUAUUCAAAAAACAAUUAUCAGAAUUGAGCACCAUUUAGACAUCAUCCUUAUAACGUAAUGAAAUGAGCAUGGCUUAUCUCCAUGCAUGGACAUGACCUAUUUACCCUUUUAAUAUUUCUUUUCGGCUAUUAAAUCUAGUAUUAUAAGUGACAGAUUGGAGUUAUUUUCUUUUUUGGAUAUUUAAUUUUGAUUUUGACGAUCAGAUUUGAACGGGCUGCCCUAUACAUCUUCAAAUUCCGCGUCAUCGUCGUCAUCAUCAUCGUCGUCGGCAGCCAAAACUGCAUCAGCAAUGUGAACAGCUUUAGCCGGUUCCUCAACUUCUUCGGUUUUAAUCCUUUUGUUGUCAUUAGCAACUAACACACUGGCUUCACGUUUUACAGAAGUAGAAGAAGAAUCGUUAUGAGACGUAGUUGUAGUAGGUAUACUCACAAAUUCAGUCUCAUCAUCCGAGUUAUCGAAUGCAACAGUGGUCGGAGUAGAUUGAACAGUAGACGAUGGGGCCGUGGCCGUCUUCUUUGCACGCAAAGAAGCAUAGUAAGCGUCCAACGCGUCUUUUUCAGCACUGAUGUCAAUCUCAUCUUCUUUUUUGUCAAUCAAGUCAUCCGAGACUUGUGGCAUAAUAGAUGCAUGCUUGGCACCAACACGAGUAAUGUCGCCAGAAAUUGUUGACAUAGCAUGCCAUUCUGGAAGGGCAUUUUGAGCAGCGAGUGCAGCUUGACGUUGUCUUUGUUUUUCCCGUUCUUCGUCUGUUUUCUGUACCUCUGCUGAGAUAUCGAUAGUAAGUGAAGUUUGGGGUUGAACAGUUUUGCUUUCCAAUUUCUGCAUGUUCUGUUGCUCUGCAUUUUGGGAACUCUCCGUCGUAAUGGGUACGGCAUGCUCCAUUGCCGUAGUAUAUGAAUUUUCGGGAACAACAGUUUCAUCCACUUGCUUUAAUUGAUCAAUGAUCUUGUUCACCUGACCCAUUAAACGGCCCAAACGUUCUUGACUGGAAAGCAUUUCCACACUCUCCUCGUCAUCUUUCAGUUCUGUACCACAAUCGUCACAAGCAAAUGUUCCGGCCAUUGUAACCAAAGAGAGUACAUCCAAACUUGAGUAACGACGCUUACAUAGGGGACAGAUGUAACCUUUUGAGUCAAAAUCCUGGACUGUUAGUACUACAUUAAACCAAGGAUAAAGAAUUUGCAGUAAGACCUCCGUAAGGUAUCCAUAAAAACUCCAGUUGUUCAAUUCGUACAUUUCUCAUUCGAUCUUCGAUCGUUUUCACCAAUUGGUGCAUCCGCCAUUUGAUACUGUCAAUGGUCGUACAAAAGUUUAU